AUGGAUUGGUCUUCGGUUUCCAGCAAGCGCCGAGCUGAUUCCACCCCGCACUCGGGUCCACCUCCUCCGGCGGGGAAGUUGGAAGUGGAGGAGCCCUUGUACGAGAAGCACGUACGUCUUCACAAGAGGGCCAGGGACACGAGCACUUCUAGUGAGCAGGCUGUGUACAACAAUUUUCUUGGGGAACCUGAACCGUUGGGUCUUCGCCUCAGGAAGAGUCCGUCGAUUCAUAUGAUGCUUUCUCAGUCAAAGGCAGGUAAAAAUUUACGCGUCACUAGCUCGAAGGGCUCGAAAGUUGGUGUAAAAUCAAACUCAGCUUCUUCGAGCUCAUUGAGCAAGAUCAAAGCUUCGCAUUUUCAUGCGUCAUUAUUGAGGAUUGGGACAUGGGAGUUUGUGACUAGAUAUGAAGGAGAUUUAAUGGCAAAAUGUUACUUCGCCAAACGUAAACUUCUAUGGGAAUUUCUCGAAGGUGGCGUGAAGAGCAAGAUUGAGUUUCAUUGGUCCGACAUUACUGCAAUUAAGGCAGUAUUUUUUGACGGUGGCCAUGGGGCUUUGGAUAUUGUGUUGGCAAGACCACCUCUUUUCUUCCGAGAGAUUGAUCCUCAACCAAGGAAGCAUAUACAGUGGCAAGCAACUCAGGAUUUUACCAAUGACCAAGCACAUAUACACAGGAGGCAUCUACUUCAAUGUCCCCAGGCCUCGUUGAGCAAGAAUUUUGAGAAACUUAUCAACUGUGAUCCUCAUUUGAAGCUACUUAGUCAGCAACCUGAUAUUAUAUUAGAAUCACCUUACUUUGAUCCGCUACUUAAUCAGCAACCUGAUAUUAUAUUAGAAUCGCCUUAUUUUGAUCCGCUACUUAGUCAGCAACCUGAUAUUAUAUUAGAAUCACCUUACUUUGAUCCGCUACUUAGUCAGCAACCUGAUAUUAUAUUAGAAUCACCUUUCUUUGAUCCUCAGUACUCUGAUAUUUUAUUAGCAUCGCCUUACUUUGAUCCUCAGUACUCAGUUUUGGAUGGUCAAAGUUAUUUUAAAAGUCAUAUCAAUGAUGUUAUUAAGGAUGAUUCUAAAACCACUUUCUCCUGCUUUUACGAACCUGGUCCCCCUUGUGCAACAUCAUCAAUCUCCAAUAAGACGGAAACACAAGAUUUUUUCUGGAGGACACCAGCUUUUGAUUCACAAUGCACUCCUUCACCAUGCUCAGUUGAGGAGCUGGCUUCAGGAAACACAUCAUUGCCUUGCGACGCUCUAUUCGACGAAGACUUUAUAUCACAACUCCUUGACUUUGAUUUCCAGCCUCCUUCUGCUGCUUCUGAUGAACAAUCCAACAUCCCGAAGGUAAAUUCUCGUUGCUGCCUGCUCCAGCAAGAUACAGUGGCCGGUAUGAGGCUAAAUGCCCAACUGAAUGAUCAGGAUGGCAGUGUUGACGAUGCACAAGCUGGUGCUGGAUCCUACAAUGAAUCUUAUUCAACACCAGAGCCCGAACAAUCAUUCUUGGAAUUUAUGAAGAUUCCUCGAAUAUCCUCGUUUCCACGAGUUCUUUCUCUAUCCUAUUUGUCGUAG